AGCACUGCGCCAACACACCCAGUUUUACUCCCUUUUUCUUUCUUGCGUCUCACCCAUUAGGAAAGUGAUUCGAAGCAGUCGUCUUGUACCUUAUAUCCACUCACGAACACCGAUCCAUUCAUCGCCAUGUACAGCGAAAUCGGCCUGGCCCGUCCUCGGGGACGUGAGGAACGUCUCAUGCACCCGGUGGAGUUCAUUCAACGUAGCGCCCCCCGCCAGGAGGAGGCGUUGCGCAUGAACAACAUCCGCACCACGCACGGCCUCGGCGCCGCGAGCGAGGUGGCGCUGACGGAGAUGACGCUGCUCGGUAGCCGUCGCCUCGGUGCGCUGCCAAGCAGCAACACCCUCUACAAUGCCUACCGUGGUAACUUUACGGAACUGACGCCUCAUGACGUGUACGGCUUGCCGGAGAACGAUCCGAAUGUGCAACCGGCGCCGCGUACCUUUGUGGAGCGUCAAUUCUACGGCCACGAGCUGACGAUGAAGACGAUGGGGCUGUAG